GGUGCCGCAGCGGGCCCGGCGGAGCGGAGCCAUGGCCGCGGGGCUGCUCCUGCUCCCGCUGCUGCUGCCGGUGCUGCUUCCGCUCCCGCCGCCCGGCCGCGGGCAGGGCUUCGGCCAGACCCGCUUCGUGUGCACCUCGGUGCCGCUGGACGGGGACAUGUGCGCUGCCGCCGCGCUGGGCACCGGCUCGGCCGAGGAGCUCAAGAGCACGGUGCUGCAGCUGCGGGAGACCGUGCUGCAGCAGAAGGAGACCAUCAUGAACCAGAAGGAGACGAUCCGAGAGCUCACGGCCAAGCUGGGCCGGUGCGAGAGCCAGAGCGUGGUCGAGCCGCCGCCAGGCGACGGCAAGGGCAGGAAACCGUCGGUCUCCAAGAACACCAUGGGCGAUCUGUCACGGACACCCGCGGCCGAGACCCUCAGCCAGCUGGGACAGACGCUGCAGUCCCUCAAGACCAGGCUGGAGAACCUGGAGCAGUUCAGCAGGAUGAACUCCUCCAGCCAGACCAACAACCUGAAGGACAUCCUGCAGAACAAAAUCGACGACCUGGAGAAGCAGGUUCUGUCCCGGGUGAACAGCCUGGAGGAGGGCAAGUUCAACCCCCGGAACGAGUCCGAGGAGCGCGGCAAGAUCGAGAGCACCCUCACCUCGCUGCACCAGCGCAUCAGCGACCUGGAGAAAGGCCAGAAGGACAACCGUCCCCCGGACAGGUUCCAGCUCACCUUCCCGCUGCGCACCAACUACAUGUAUGCCAAGGUGAAGAAGAGCCUGCCCGAGAUGUACGCCUUCAGCGUCUGCAUGUGGAUAAAGUCCACGGCUUCCCCCGGCAUGGGCACCCCCUUCUCCUACGCCGUGCCUGGGCAGGCGAACGAGCUGGUGCUCAUUGAGUGGGGCAACAACCCCAUGGAGAUCCUCAUCAACGACAAGGUGGCCAAACUGCCCUUUGUCAUCAACGAUGGCAAGUGGCACCACAUCUGUGUCACCUGGACCACGCGGGACGGCGUGUGGGAAGCCUACCAGGAUGGCACGCAGACCGGCAGCGGUGAGAACCUGGCGCCCUACCACCCCAUCAAACCCCAGGGGGUCCUGGUGCUGGGCCAGGAGCAGGACACGCUGGGCGGCGGGUUCGAUGCCACGCAGGCCUUCGUGGGGGAGCUGGCCCACUUCAACGUGUGGGACAGGAAGCUGAGCCCGGGGGAGGUCUACAGCCUGGCCACCUGCAGCACCAAGGCGCAGGCGGGCAAUGUCAUCGCAUGGGCCGAGGCCAACAUCGACAUCUACGGCGGGGCCACCAAGUGGACUUUUGAGGCCUGUCGCCAGCUCAACUAGAGCCACGGACGGGAGGAGCCUCCUCAUCGGGUUCUUCUCUUCCUUUGGGUUUUGUUUGGUUGGGUUUUCCCUCCUCUUUUCGCGCUGAACCACCCGAGAACGAAGCCACCCCCCCCCAUCCCUGGGAGCGGGGCUGCCCUGGCAGCAGGGCGCCCGCUCCCCCAGCCCCACGACCCCCGGUUUCUGUCUUGCCAACGU